AUGCGCUGCUGGCUAUGGGCAGGGCGACUCCGGAAAGAGGCACGCCAGGAGCCAGCUGACCAACCAGAGCUGCUCGGGCGCAUCAACUUCGCCCGUUUCGAGAAUGUCAUCGAUCCAGUGGAUGAAUCGGUAGAGCUGGUGCUGGAAAUAGAGGAAGCGCAGCAGGCAUCCAAGACUACCAUGAGUAGUCAGCCACUGCCCAUUGAAGACUCGGCCUCUCGCAUGGAUACCGCUGAUCUCAGCAAGCAAGGAGCCAGUGCGCAGUCCAUGUCGGAGCCAUCAAAGGCAGACGGUCGUAUCGAGCGUGCAGAUGUGCAGCGCACGAAGAUCCAGCACAACGGUGCCAAGCCGCCGCCAGAAAGCGUUCAGCAGCUCCCUUCCAUCUGGACGACGCAGGGCUUCCACAGCUUCGGAGAUCUGGAGGAAGGAACCUCCACCCGUGCGAACACUGCCAGCACGGCGAAGGCGCAGACCAGUCAUUUCGGACCCUCAACCCAAUACGCGUGA